AUGCCGACACUCGUGCCUGAACCUACGUUGCCGUGGAAUUACAUUGCAAAACUUGUAUGCAUAGGUGAUUCUGCAACUGGCAAGUCCAGUCUCACAGUCCGGCUUUGCGAAGGGCGAUUCUCCUCCUCUCACGAUGUCACGAUCGGUGUUGAAUUCGGUUCGCGAAUAGUGCCUGUAGGUCCGCCUGCAAAUGCAUCUCUAGGGAUGGGCAACCCGCACGGUGUCGCGAAUGGUUCCACUUCGUCGGAGCAGAAGAAGAUGAAGCUGUCGCUAUGGGACACUGCUGGUCAAGAAACAUACAAAAGCAUCACCCGGAGUUAUUUUCGUGGAGCUUCAGGAGCACUGCUGGUGUUUGACAUCACACGACGAAGCAGCUUUGAAUCAGUCACGGCAUGGCUCAAUGACCUCAGACAAAUCGCCGAAGAGGGCAUCGUGGUCAUAUUAGUUGGGAACAAGUCGGAUCUUGCAGAACAAAGCACUGAUGUCCAGGGCGGAACGAAACGUGCUGUGACGAAAGAAGAGGCGGAAGACUGGUGCCGGCGAGAGAAUGUUGUUGAAUAUGUCGAGACCAGUGCCAAAAGUGGCGAAGGCGUCGAACUUGCAUUCCUCAAAGUCGCGGAAAGAAUAUAUCAAAACAUCGAAGCCGGCAAAUAUGAUUUGAAUGACAGAAGAAGUGGUGUCAAAGGAUAUGGUACAGGAGGUGGACGAGAAGAAGGAAAGGCUCCAAGAACAGUCAAUCUCACCAUGAACGAUGCGGUCAAAAGUGGACAGGGCAGAGGUUGCUGUUGA